GGUAGAUUGACAUUCCGUAGCCAUUUUGGCUCAAGCACGGGGCCCGCUUGCGCACCAGGGCCGCGCGAUCCGCCGCGCGAUCUCGCCCCCUCCUCGCCGCUCGCGAGCGCGAUGGCUGCCCGCCGGGCGUGCGCCCUGCUCGCGGGGUUGCUGGCCUCGGCCGAGGGCUUUGCGCCGAACCCCGCGUCGUGCGCGACCAACGCCGCCACCGCCUUCAACGACGCUGUGGGCAUCGUGGGCAACAUCGUGCGCGCGGUCGAGAACUGCAUCCCAGUCUCGUCCGUGACGAACGACGACGUCAGCGGCAUGCAGCGGGACUGCGCGGAUCAGAUCAUGGGCCUGCUCGCCAACAUUGGGUCCGUUGGAAAAGAGGUGUCCGCUGCAACCUUCAACUGCGGCAAUGUGGACAGCGGGUGUGCCCAGCAGAUCCUGGCGGGCAUCAAGGAUUUGAGCGAGAUGGGCCAGGAUAUCAUCUCGAGCGUCAGCAACUGCCCGUCCAAGAUCAAAGGCGCCGGCCUCUUCUGCGCCCAGGACAUCGUAUCCAUCCUCAACCAGGCCGUCAAUGGGGCCAAGGACAUCGACUCCGCCGUCGAGCGCUGCAUGCCGCCGGAGGACUUCAUCGCGCCGCCGCCCUCCGUGAACGACACCAACGAGACCGAUAUCAGCGCCCCGAGGCCGAAUUCCGUGGACGAGCUCCCCACCAUUCCAGCCGCCAGCGCCCCGAGUCCGACGCCCGCGUCCGUGGACGACCUCCCCGCCGCUCCGGUGGGCGACCUCCCGGAGCGCCGGCGCCUGGCCUCGAGCUCUCCGGAGGGCUCGCGCGGCGUGGCUGUCCAGGACCUGGCGGAGCAGGUGCCUUGGGCGCAGAGCCGCCCAGAGGCGCUGCUCCCGCUGGACCCCAUCGUGGUCUGAAGCGCUUGGCGCUGCCGACCGCUCUUGCAGCCGGGCCCGCGGGCGCGAACCCCCAGCCUGUGUCGUGGGGGGGCGCGGCCGGGGCCGCGGCGCGCGCCCGUCGAGGCACGCCCGGCACGCAGCACGGUGGUGGUCUGAGCGCGUCCCGGGCCAGGCGCGUCCUUUUUUUUUUUGUUGGCACGGGCAUGCUGCGGAUGGGGGGAGGGGGGAGGAGGAGGCCCGCACCACAGUUAUCAAUGAAACGUUGCCAUGCCUUAAUUGUCUGUAUUCCUUCCGCUGCUGGCACUUGUCCUCAGCGCUGUAAACUGCAAGCACAUCCCACGCGAGUCGCACGGCCUGGCCUGCGCACACGCCCGGUAUUGCGACAGGUGCGGGUUGCUUGCACGGCAGCGGGACUGAGGAGGGUUCUCGGAUUCUAGGUUGGCCUCGCUCACGCCCACGAAAAGGCACGAGGUCUAGGAGAGGCAGGGGCAUGUAGAUAGUUCCAGCAGUAGGCCCAGGGACGAUCGCAUUACGUAGGUCUUCAUGGCACGGGAUCUAGGCCCGAGCCUAGCAAAUCACUGCGCACAGCCAACCAGGCCCGACGCAGCAAAGAGAAGCAAGCUGUAAUUUUCUUGGAAAAAAGGGUAGAUUGACAUUCUCAUUUUUCUGUUCGGCUCGUGAUGGGGCGGGCGUCAGAGGUUGAACCUUCCAAUCCCUCUUCCGCCCUCAUUUUUUCCAGGGUGACCCGAAUCCGCGCGUCGUGGCAGCAC